AUGCAGCUCUGGACUGAAAAUAGCCCCGCCCAGAUCUCAGAUGAAGCGGUUUUCCGCUCGUCGCCCAUGAUCUUGGUGCAAUUCUAUGCGACCCUCGAGUUGGCCCGGGACCUAGUUUUUGUCUUGGGAAACUUGGGCCAUGUUCAUUUCCGAGAUUUGAACUCUAGACUCACGCCAUUCCAGCGCACGUUUGUCAAUGAGUUGCGUAACAUUGACACAAUUGAUCUCAAUCUUACUUUCCUCCAUAGCAUGAUGGUGAAAUACGAAACAUUGAAAGGUGAUCCUUUUGCGAACCUUUCGUCUGAAGAAAGUGGAUUGCCUUCUAGCUCUGAAAUGGACGAUAUUAAGCACCAGGUAGAGGAAAUCCAUGACAGAAUCCGCAAUCUCGAUGAUUCAUUUAUUUCCUUGGAGCUCAAAAAAAUGAAAUAUGUGGAAAACCGUCAUGUCAUUAGCUGUGUCAACGAUUUCCACAAAUCUACUUUGACAGAUCGUAAUGACGACCAUGACGACUUUCGUCGUUUUGAGAUUUCUGAUGAUGAAGAAGCGUUACUAAGAGACGACUCCCAACGACCAAGCUUUGGUAUUGAUGAAGUAGCUGUCACACUCAAUGACUACUCUAUGUUCAAUUCUCUUUCCGGUACCAUAGCUCGAGAUAAGAUUCCGAUUUUGCGUAAGGUGUUGUGGAGAACUUUGCGGGGUAACUUAUAUUUCAACGAAAUCCCCAUUUCAGAAAUGUUGCCUGCUUCUACAGAUCGCAAGUCCGAGCUCAUAGCAAAAAGCGUGUUUAUCAUCUAUAUCCAUGGCGAGUAUUUAAAGACUCGCGUACGCAAAAUUGUCCAAUCUUUAGAUGGAACAAUCUAUGACAAUGUCAAUGGAAGCGCUAGUGCAAGGCUAGAGACUUUAGAUGACCUCAAUUUAAAAAUAGAGGACCUCUCUAGUGUGGUGGAAUCAACAAAAAGCCAUAUCAUAACUGAACUUCUUUUUGCUCAGGAAAAGUUUUUUGACUGGUAUCUCAUUGUAAAGCGGGAACGGUGCAUCUAUGAGGUUUUGAAUAAGUUUGAUGAAGACAGCACUCGAAAGUUUCUUGUUGGAGAGGGUUGGAUACCAAAAUCGGAGCUUGAGAACACUCGGCAGGCUAUAAAGUUAUUGGUUCGAUCGAAAGUUAGCCAACCCCAUACCUCUACAGAUUCUAAUUUCAUCAACUUGUCCACUGACACUUUGUCGACACCAGUGAAUGGUGCCUCUAGUCCGGGCACAACAGAAAAUACCUUAUUCGCUGUUGGAGAUGAAUACGAUGCUUCUCAUGACCAAGGUAGUGACGAAGAAGAAAAUUAUGACUUUGUUGCCGUUGUAAAUGAAUUAUCUACAAACAGGACGCCUCCCACGUACCAUAAGACUAACAAAUUUACUUCUGGAUUUCAAGCAAUCGUGGAUACUUAUGGUAUUGCCACUUAUCAAGAGGUGAAUCCGGGACUUGCGACCAUUAUUACAUUUCCUUUUAUGUUUGCUAUCAUGUUUGGAGAUUUGGGUCAUGGAUUCAUUGUCUUCUUAGUUGCGUUGUACUUUAUCAAAAACGAACGAUUUUACAACGCACAAAGAAACAAAGAUGAGAUUUUGGAGAUGGCUUUCAAUGGUCGCUAUAUUGUAUUGCUCAUGGGAAUAUUCUCCAUGUAUACGGGAUUGAUGUACAAUGAUAUUUUCUCCAAGUCGAUGACAUUGUUUAAAUCAGGAUGGAAAUGGGAAUACCCCGAAGGUUAUGAUUUCGGGAAAGACGGUGCUAUCAGCUUGACGGCAACAAAAAUCAAGGGCAAAACGUAUCCAUUCGGACUUGAUUGGGUAUGGCAUGGUGCUGAAAACGGGUUGCUUUUCACCAAUUCUUACAAAAUGAAAAUGUCCAUUUUGAUGGGCUAUGUACACAUGAACUACUCCUUGAUGUUUAGUUUGGUGAACUUUCGUUUCUUUAAAUCGCGGGUCGAUAUUAUCGGUAAUUUUAUUCCCGGUUUCUUGUUCAUGCAAUGUAUUUUCGGUUACCUUGCUUUAACAAUCAUCUACAAAUGGUGCGUGGACUGGCUCGGGACGCAACGUCAGCCUCCUGGUUUACUUAAUAUGUUGAUCAAUAUGUUUUUGGCUCCGGGAAGUAUCGAGGAUCCGUUGUACACUGGCCAAAAAUUUGUUCAGGUGGCAUUGGUGGUGGUGGCAUUGAUGUGUGUGCCUUGGCUUUUGUUGUACAAACCCAUGGUCUUGAGAAGAGAAAACAAUCGUGCUCGUGAAAUGGGAUAUAGAGACAUUAACUCCCAUCUUGACCACGUUUUGCAGUUGCACGAGGAAGAAGAGGCUUUAGAACAGGUGGGUAAUGGACACUUGACUAGAGAUGACGAUGAUAAUUUGGCAGAUUUGGGUCUGGAAGACGAAGUUGAUCAGUUGAGUGAGCAUUUCACAUUUCCAAAUGAUAUUGAGCCUAUGCAUCACAAUUCUGGGGGGCAUGGUGAAGAAGAGUUUAAUUUGAUGGACGUGGUUAUUCAUCAAGUGAUCCACACAAUUGAAUUUUGCCUUAACUGUGUUUCGCAUACUGCGUCCUAUUUGCGUUUAUGGGCCUUGUCUUUGGCACAUGCACAAUUAUCGAGUGUUUUGUGGACCAUGACAAUCCUGAAUGCAUUUGGCGUAACAGGAACGACUGGAAUUAUCAUGACUGUAUGCUUAUUUGCGAUGUGGUUCACCUUAACUGUUUGUAUUUUGGUGAUGAUGGAGGGAACCUCCGCAAUGUUGCAUUCUUUGCGGUUGCAUUGGGUUGAAGCAAUGUCCAAAUUCUUCGAGGGUGAAGGCUACCCAUACGAGCCAUUUACAUUUGAUGCAUGUGUGAUAUAG